AUGGGACCCCCCUUCGUUAUUGAGCGUCUGCUGCUUGCAAGGGGAGCAGCUGCAGCAGCAGAAGUUGCAGCGCCAGCAGCAGCAGCAGCUGCUGCUGCAGUGCCGAGUGCUCCUCUGUGCCGCAGCUUCAGCAGCAACAGCAGCAGCAGCAGCACUAAGCGCACCCUGAAGCCUUCCGACAUUUGUUCAUCUGUCUCUGUCUCCCCAUCUUAUCUGUCUCCCUACCAGAAGCUGCUGCAGCGGCUAGCAAAGGAACGGCGCAGCAGCAGCAACACGCAGCAAACUGCAGCAGCUGCAGCAGCAGAAACAGCAGCAGCAGGAGACCAUUGCGGGCCAGGGGCAGGAGCUGCUGCUGCUGUUGCUGCUGCUCCAGCAGCUGCAGCAGCAAUACCCAGCUAUGCUAAUGCUAGCCCUUGGCAGCAGCUAAAGGCAGCGCUGGUGCUGCAGCAGCAGCAGCAGAAACAAGCCCUCAUUGCAGCGAGAAGGAAAGGCUCUGCUGCUGCUGCUGCUGCUGCUCCUGCUCAUGCUGCUGCUGCUGCUGCACCUGUCAAGAGGGGACAAAGCCCGGCUGCAGCGUUUCUAUCUCGCCAAAAGCAGCAGCAGCGGCAGCAAAAACAGCAGCAGCAGCAGCAGCAGCAGCAGCAGGAAUCAGCAGUGGUGCAGCAGCAGCAGGGGGAAGCUCUGCAGGAGUAUGAUGAGGGGCAGCAGCAGCUGGCGCUGCUGCAGCACCGCGAUGCUGCAGUGCAGCAGCAGAAGGGACAGCUAAUUAAGAAGAUGUGGCGUAGCCUCAAGAGACACAAACUUACACAAUUUGAAGCCCUCAUGGAAGAAUUAGACUCUCAGUGUCUCCCCCCUGACGAGGUGGUGCUGACAGUAAAAUUGUUCGGCUUUAUUGUGAGGAGACAGCCAAACCUUGAUGCAGGCGUAGACAGCAGCGCACUGCUGUCUAUGCAAGACCUCAGGGCCUUGUGGGUGGGGGCUACGGUGGAUCCGCUGCUGCCAGGUGCAGCGAGGGCAGUGCUGCUGCAGGAGCAGCAGCAAGGCACGCCAGAAGCAGAAGCAGCAGCAGCAGCUGCUGCUGCUGCUGAUCCCGCCGCUGCUGCACAACCUGUACGAUUAGCAACAACUGCAGCAUAUGUUGCUGCUUCCCUCGCAGACACAGCUCUCUUCGCGCCUCAGCCCAGGUUGGGUGGUGUGGGGCGCUUCAUGGAGUUGUCUGGCUGCAGCGGCAGAGACACAAAUUCUUCUGUUAUGCGGCUUCUUGCUGCUGAAGGAGACAGCAGCAGCAGCGACAAGCAACUGUCUCCUUUGGGUGGCGACGGCUGGGAGUACUUCACCAGCACACCCGGGGUGUCUAGACACCUCGCGAGAGCUGCAGCAGCAGCAGCAGCAGCAGCAGAUACAGCUGCUGCUGCUGAUACGCCAGCAGCAGCAGCAAGAUUGCCAGCUGCAGCAGAUCCACCAACUGCAGCAGCAGGCAAUGCAUCUCCAGUCUCCGCAGCAGCAGCAACUGCAGCGACUGCCGCUGCUGCAGUAACACCCGCUGCUGCAGCAACACCCCCUGCUGCAGCAGCACCCCCUGCUGCAGCAAGAACAAGAGCAACAGCAACACCAGCAGCAACAGCAGCAGCAGCAACAACAGCAGCAAGAGCAGCAGCAGAUGCGCAGGGAGCGGUGUUCGAGGGGGUGUGGAGUGCUUCGGGUUAUAAAUUUUAUAAGGGGAGACUACGCAGGCAGCAAAAACAAAUCCGUCAGGAAGCCCCCGCAGGCGGGGAGUAUUAG